UGGAAUCAGCUGUUGAAUUUAUUGUUUUGCGAAGUGGACACAGUGCGAAUGAUUUGGAGUGUUACACAUAGUAUGAAGGAUGAAGGCUCAUUGUCCCCCGUCCAUGUACUUGUAGAUGAGGUCACUCCGGUGCACGUGCACGUGCAGAGAAGCCGGUCUUUGCCUUCUUUCUCCGGGCAGAGAAACUCGAAAAAAUCAAGUAUUACACCAAAACAAGCAGAUCGGAUCUGCUCCGUUAUCCAGGCCAGUGACUGGGGCUUCGGUCAGGAAGAAGCUGCUGCUGCACAGGCCGCUGAAUCCCGGCACCCCCGCGGGGAGCACAGCAAUACGUCUGCAGAGAGAGGCACUGAGCUUUCCUCUGAGGAUGCAUCUCUGAGUCCGGUGGACGGGUCCAGGAUGCAGGCAGAGGAGGAGGCUCAGUGUUCUGCCGGUCGGGAUGGUACCAGCUGGACUGGGAAGCGCAGCCUGAAGCACACAGACCCAAACCGCAGACACACACAGCUGGAGCAGAGCAGGUCCAGCUGCGAGGACUUCAGCCCUGAAAACAGGGCGUGUCUGCUGAGCACCCUGAUGGACGCGGAGAGGGCUGCCAGCGCAGCGGCAGUACAGCUGAUGUCAUUUAAAGAGGCUCUGGGGGAUGAUCUCAAUGAUUCGAGAUUAACUGCUGUGGAUGACAAACGGAUGUCAAGACAAAAGAACCUUCUGUUGGAAAAGCUGGAGGUUUUUAAAACCGUAAACAAAUGUGUUCGGCAGCAGCUGAAGGAAUUCCAGAAUCAGGAGGCGAGUCGACUCGAGACUGACAGAUACAUUGAUGUGUUACUGAAGAAACUGACUUUUGCGGAGACUGAAAACCUGCGUUUAAAAAGAGACCUCAGUGAGAAAGAGGUUAGAGUUGAGGAACUGGCAGAGUUACGCCAGAAAGAAUUGGAGAAGAUGGAGACUGCGGUGCAUCAGGCAAAGACAGGGGAGAGCACUCGAGCCCACCUACAGGGACAACUUCGCCACAAGGAAUCAGAGAACAGCAGGCUGAGCGUACAGCUACGGGGUUUGGAGAGAACCAUGGCGGAACAGAAGCUUGAAAUUGAAAGACUGAAAUGUGAGAUUGCCUCAUGUGUGGAGAAGGGAAGAGAGGAGAAGGAGGCGCUGAAGAAAGCCACCCGAGCACAGAAGCAGAGAGCAGAGCGCUUCGAGGCAGCCGUGGAGAAGCUGUACGAUCAGCUGAGAGAGAAGGAUGUGAAGGUGGCUGAAGCCCAGGCCGAGGUGGAGGCGCUAAAGAGGCAGCAGGAAGGAGCCCAAGAGGAGCGAGCACCACUGGAGGCCCAGAUAACCCUCCUGAAAACCCAAAUUUCAGACGUGACGGAGCAGCUGCAGAAAGAGAGAGACAGUGUCAGGACAGCUAAUGAGGACCUCCUGCAGAAAGUGGAAAAACUCAACUCAGAAAAUGCAAAUCUCUGCCUUGAAAACGCAGCUUUGAAGGCCUCGGUCCGGGACCUGGAGGAGAGGGUACGGUCUUCAGCGGCCGAACUGGAGGACCGAGCGGCAGUUUCCCAGAAACACAAAGACCUCGCUGAGAAUUAUCAAAUUCAGGUGGCAGAUCUGCAGAAGGAAGUGUGUGAGCUGAAAGCAUGCCGAGACAGUCUUCGGAAAGAGACUGAGACAGCAAGAGAGGGCAAAGAUGCAGAGAUGGAAAAGGUGCGAAGGCAGCUGGAGCCGCGUGUGGAGGAGCUGCAGGUGCAUCCCGGGUUGCUGAGCGCGGCUGAGCGGCGUUUGCAGGACUCUGCGGAGAGCCUGGCGCUGGCAGAGACGACUGCAGCACACAGGGCCCAGACUGCCGAGCAUCUGCAGGUCAAGAUAGACAAGCAAAUGGAGCAACUGAGAUCGUCUCUGGAAAUGAAGAACUCCCUAAAUGAGGCAAACGCUCAGCUGCAGCUGAGAAUAGACUCCAUGCAGAGGAGGAUGGAGGAGGUGCAGCUGGAGAACAGGGAGCUGAUUCACAGGCUGUCUGUCCAGGAGGAGGCGCUGCAGUACAGUGGCAGACUGGUGGAGCAGCGCUCAGCCGACUGCCACACCCUGACCCGGCAGCUGGAAACCGCCCUCACCGACGUCAGACAGGAGGUCUCCAGAGUGAGGGAAAAUGCUGGGGCCAGAGAGAGACUCCUGCAGAGUAAAAUCCUGGAGCUGGAGACGGAGAGGGACAGACGAGCCAAAGAGCUGAAACUGCUGAAGCAGAGCAAAGAGUCUGUUGAAAAGCAUUAUGAGGUACGUUUAAAAGAACUGCAGCUAAGUUUGGACCAAUCAGAAAGCCAUAAACGGAGCAUUCAGAACUAUGUGGAUUUUCUCAAAAACUCCUACGCAACCAUGUUUGAAGAGGGCUUCUCAUCAGAUCUAGGACUAUCUUCCUUUUUAAAGUAA